CCUAUCGGGGUCAUAUGACAGCAGGCAGUUCCUUCCAAACAUUACGUUGACACCCGCUGGUAUACAGACUGAAAAGAAAAUCACCAAAGACUUGUAAUUCUUCAAUCCAAAAAUGUUGGCACUUAUUAACCGUUUCCUAGAUUGGGUCAAGUCCCUGUUCUGGAAGGAGGAGAUGGAGUUAACCCUUGUUGGACUUCAAUAUUCGGGGAAAACCACGUUUGUCAAUGUGAUAGCUUCAGGACAGUUCAGUGAAGACAUGAUUCCAACAGUUGGAUUCAACAUGCGGAAGGUCACAAAAGGCAAUGUCACAAUCAAGAUCUGGGAUAUAGGGGGACAGCCCAGGUUUAGGAGCAUGUGGGAACGGUACUGUCGAGGAGUCAACGCAAUAGUGUACAUGGUGGACGCAGCAGACCGAGACAAAGUAGAAGCCUCCAGAAAUGAGCUGCACAAUCUGCUAGACAAACCACAGUUACAAGGAAUCCCUGUAUUGGUACUUGGUAACAAGAGGGAUCUACCGGACGCCCUGGAUGAGAAACAGCUUAUUGAAAAAAUGAACCUGGCUGCUAUUCAAGACAGGGAGAUCUGCUGCUACUCCAUUUCUUGCAAAGAGAAAGACAACAUUGACAUCACUUUGCAGUGGCUCAUUCAACACUCAAAAACACGGAGGAGCUGAAACCGCCACUCCCUCUGCGUUCCAGCUUUGUCUGCUGCCAUGUUACUCACAGUCCAUCCUGCUCACUCUGUGAAACUGUACAGUUGCCUAUCCUGCUAUCCCAUCACACUACUCCUGCUCUUUUUCACAAGCAUCCCGUUCUGUCCUGUCACAGCCUUCUCCACCUUUGACAACACAUUGUCAGCAGAGCAGAAGAUCUCAUGCCUGCUAAACUAAGCAGCUUAACGGUUUCUUCUCUAUGAUGGGAUGUAACAGUCUGUAAUAAACACCAAGACCUGUCAGUCCCUCUUGACAGGUUUCCCCCAAAACAACCCUAUUUCAAAAAGUUAGGGGACAAUAAAGACUAUCAGAUCAAGUUCUGCCUUUGCCCUUAGGUAUGUCAGGUAUUGCCCAUGUGAGAGUGUAAUUAUGUAUGAUUGUUGCUUCUCUCUUUUUGUUUCUCUCUCUGUCUCUCUGUUUCUCAUGUUGGCAAAAAUGUUUCUCCUGAGAAAACAGUAUGUAAUAUAUAACUGAAAGGAGUGAUUAAGCCAGCAAAUCGCUUGACAAGUAAAUACAAAUGUUGAUCAUGUAACAUUUUUACAAAAGUGAGCAGAAAUGUAUUUAAGUGAAUGUAUGGAAGGUUUAGGUUUAAUUUUCCUUUAACACGAUGAUGUCCUUGAAUGCUGUUGGUACGCUGGGAGACAGAAUGGGAGAAAUUAAAAGUGCCUUGUGCAGUGCAUCUGUCUCUCUCUCAAGCGAAACAGUAUGCCAGGUGUGCCUGCCUGGAAUUGGGAGGAAGAAGACAACCUAUUAAAAAGUUAAAGAAAAAUAAAAUAGGCAUGCUUUUAAAGUAGGUUAUUGCACCAUUGUCAUUAUCGACAUAAUCUUUGCUUUGAUAUCUGUGAAAAGGCAAAAAAUAUUAGAAACCCCACUAUUAUCAAUGCACUUUUGUAAAUAUGAGCCAAUAAAUAAAUAAAUAAUUGUUGACAUCUAA